AUGGAAAAAAAUGUGUUGGAUGGAUCAUUUAUCGUGGUUCCUCGGGAGAGUUUCAAACACAUAGUCAAAGCCUGCGAGUGCCCACUUUACUGGAAGAUGCCUUUGUUCCUUGCAACGCAGCAGAACCUCCACGCUCCAGUGGAUGGCCACAAAUUUAUAGACUUUUGGAGAGAAAUGAGUACAACGUGUCACGACCAGGCUUCAAGAUUCGUGUACAUCCUAACAAGAGGCAAAAGCAAUACUCUCUCGCCAGAGGACUUCGUUCCUUUAGUCCAGGAUGUUGUGGAUACACAUCCCGGCCUUUCCUUCUUGAAGGAAGCCACGGAGUUCCACUCGAGAUAUGUUCAUACUGUGAUCGCCAGGAUAUUCUACUGCGUGAACAGAUCGUGGUCUGGCAGGAUAUCGAUCCCAGAACUCAGAAGGUCCAACUUCCUACAAGUCCUCCAGCUUCUAGAGGAUGAAGAGGACAUCAACCAAGUUACACAAUAUUUUAGCUAUGAGCACUUCUACGUGAUCUACUGCAAGUUCUGGGAGCUGGACAAAGACCACGACCUCUUCAUCGACAAACACGACCUCGCCAGGCACAACGACCAUGCUCUCUCCAGCCGCAUGAUAGAGCGUGUACUCUCUGGGUGCGUCACGCGUGGCAACCAGAACCGCCUGACCCCCCGCGGUGAGCCACGCAUGUCCUACACCGAGUUCGUGUGGUUCCUACUCGCUGAAGAGGACAAAAGCCAUCCCACGGCCAUCGAGUAUUGGUUUAGAUGUAUGGACCUCGACGGAGAUGGCUUCAUCUCUAUGUAUGAGCUGGAGUACUUCUACGAGGAGCAGAUGCAGAGGAUGGAGGCAAUAGGAAUCGAAACUCUUCCCUACAAUGAUUGUUUAUGUCAGAUGCUGGAUAUGGUUCAUCCAGCUCAGCAGGGCAAGAUCACGUUAACCGACUUGAAGAAAUGUAAGCUCACUCCGAUCUUCUUCGACACAUUCUUCAACCUGGAGAAGUACUUGGACCACGAGCAGCGGGACCCCUUCGCCACCCAACGGGACUCUGAUUCAGAGAUUUCCGAAUGGGAUCGCUUCGCAGCUGAAGAAUACGAAUUACUCGUAGCCGAAGAGGGAGGCAGCGAUGCGCAGGAUCAAAUCUCAUACGAUGAAACGGAUGACGACUGUCUGUCGCCGAAUAUUGACGACGUUCGCACUGAAGUAAUAGAAGAUUCGAGCGUGGAAGACUCAACCCUCAGCGACAGCAUCUCCAAUCCUCGGGGGAAGGAGGCCGGGCGACCUUCGGGCUACGUCAACCUGAGCACAAUCUACGCCCUGGGUACUCCGGACCGAUGGGCCAAGACGAACGUCCCGGAACGAAAGACAGAGAAACCCAUCCCACCGGAAAAACCGGUCAGCCUAAUGAUGAUGAACGGGAAGAUGGACAGGUUCAACAACUUAAACAAUAGUUUUCUAUACUCCCAAAUGUUAAAUCCGAGAGCGAAAGACCCGCCGUCUUACACCGCGGCCACCGGUGGCUCGGACAAAGAGGCGAUGAAUAUCGCGUCCCCGAAGAGAUCGCCCACGAGCCCGGUCAACGGAAUCGGCAAGAUCUCGGACAACUACGAACGAGCCGUCGCAGAGAGACUGAGUCCUCAACGGGAGAUCUCCAGACUGAACCGAAGCGUCUUCAGAAAAGUGAACACCGGCAUCGUGGCCAGCAAAGUGAAGAAAACCGGUUCGCGGCGCGACGAAGAGGACGAAGACUACGCGCGUGACAGUGACGAGUGCUCAAUAUAG